AUGCUCGAUUCAGACGAUUGUCGAAUACAACAAGAAAACGAAAUAAUGGCAAUCAAGGCAAUUUACGAACAAGAUUUCACAUAUGCAGAAAACUCUAUAGAAGCCCCGCGAUUCAGAGGUGCUUUCUCGAUUAAAAUUUCUCUUCCUCAAGAAAGUUUGAUAUUUUUUACUGGAGAGAGAAACGCUAGCAGUGAUCCUCCGCUUAUAGUUCGGUACUUACCCCCUGUCAAAAUUAUAUUUUCAAUGCCGAGCAAUUAUCCAAAUAAAGAAGCAUUAAAAUUCGAACUUGAAUGUCUUUGGAUGCGUUGGGAUUGGUUAAGAAAAUUAGAAAAAAAGUUAUUACAAAUUUGGGAAGAAAAAAAAGAUGUG